UAGCAUCACCAUGGCUGUCCAGCAUUAAAGUACAAGGUUUUCAUUGGAAAGGUUGAAAUUGCUAAGGCCUAUGAAAAAGGUGGAGCAGCAUGCCUCAGUGUAUUAACAGACUAGAAAUACUUUCAAGGAGGCUUUGAGAAUUUGGAGAAGAUAAGGAAUUCAGGAGUGAAGUGCCCUCUGUUAUGCAAAGAGUUUGUUAUAGACGCUUGGCAAAUAUACUAUGCUCGCACAAAAGGCGCAGAUGCAAUCCUGUUAAUUGCUGCUGUUUUACCAGAUCUUGAUAUCAAAUACAUGACUAAGAUCUGCAAAUUGCUUGGUUUAACACCACUUGUGGAGGUACAUGAUGAGAGGGAGAUGGAUCGUGUUCUUGGGAUUGAUGGGAUUGAACUUAUUGGAAUAAACAACCGUAACCUCGAAACAUUUAAGGUUGACAUCAGCAAUACUAAAAAUCUUCUUCAAGGAGAACGUGGGAGAAUAAUCCGAGAAAGAGGCAUAAUUGUCGUUGGUGAGUCUGGACUUUUUACACCUGCUGAUAUUGCAUACGUGCAAGAAGCUGGCGUCAAAGCGAUAAAUGCUAUUCAUACUAGCUUUUGGAAGAUAUCU